AAAUUUGUCGGCCCGAACCGGCCUAGAACGGUUUGUUUAUACGAUUACAGAUGUCUAGAUUUAUCACGGGCUUGCUGUAAUGGGUAUUUAAAUCGAUUUCGCGUGAACAAUUUUAGAAGGGAGGAGAGUGUGCGAAGAAGGGACGAACAAUUCUUCAAUUUCCCGAGGGAAAAUUGCUGUGGGGCGGGGGACGAUUGCGAUGGCGGGGACAACAUAAACGUUCAUAAGUCCCUUCAUUUCCAAACAAAACCCUAAUACCAUAGUGAAAAAAGAAAAAAGAAAAAAAACAGCAAAGCACUCAAAAGAAGGAAAUGGAAGACGAAGUAGAGAGGCGACAGAUCGAACAGAUUUUAGAGCUCGAUUACGAGGAGUUACAGAUCGAAGAAGUCGAAGGUCUUGCCGAAUCAUCCGAUGAUGAUCGUGACGCGACUGGCGUUCCUUCAAUUGACAAGUUUACCUUCAAUACCGAUUUGACUUCCUUACAUUCAUAUCUGGGCGAGGUUGAUGAUACACACCACAGUUUUGCCUUUUGGGAAGGGGGUGCCAUCUUGAGCCUCCCAUUGUUCUAUCUUGAAGGGGUAGUCCUGUUCCCAGGGGCCACACUCCCACUGAGAGUUAUUCAACCCAACUUUGUAGCUGCAGUUAACAGAGCUUUGACUCAGGCUGAUGCUCCUUAUACCAUGGGUGUGGUCCGUGUUUACAGGGACUAUAACAAUGGACCAUUAAGGCUCGCAAAAAUAGGGACAACUGCAGAGAUUCGGCAAUUUCGUUCGCUAGAGGAUGGUACGAUUAAUGUGGUUACUCGUGGCCAACAGCGGUUUCGUCUGAGACGCCAUUGGAUUGAUGCGGAAGGAGCACCUUGUGGAGAGAUUCAAAUUAUUGAAGAAGAUGUGCCAUUAAGGACCCCUCGAGAUGCAUAUGCAAAAUUGGUACCAUUUAGUAAUCUGCAAAGUCAACAGAUGAUAUCUUUAAAUGCUUCAUCACGUAAAGAUGGGAAUGAGGAAAAUAAUUCAGAAGCGAAUUCAGAGGAAAGCUUUGAGAAUGAACUUUCUCAAACAGAAAGGAGAAUUCAUCAAUCUGCAAUUGGUGCCUGUUAUGAGUCUGAUAGGACGGAUGAAUCAACAAACAGUGAUGAUAACAAUAAAUUGUCUGAGUCAGACAUCCAGUCAGGAAGUCCGUGCAGAAAUGACUCCAGCUUCAUGGGUUCAUCACCUUCUAAACAUAAGAAACUAGUUAGAAAUGCUGGCUUGGGAUCCAUAGCUCACAAAGUGGCAAGACCAAGGUCUCAUCUUUCAUGUACAGUUUCAAGAGCAUUCUGGCCCUAUUGGGUAUAUCGUAUGUAUGACUCAUAUUGUCUUGCUCAAAAGGCAGCAGAUAUGUGGAAACAUAUAGUUGGGAUUCCGAGCAUGGAUGGUUUUGUGAAGAAGCCUGAUCUUUUGUCUUUCUAUAUUGCAAGUAAAAUUCCCAUCUCUGAACCUACAAGGCAGGAGCUUCUGGAAAUUGAUGGUAUUUCAUAUAGACUGCGUCGGGAAAUUGAAUUACUUGAAAGACUUGAUCGUAUUCGAUGUAAGAUCUGUCAGAAUUUACUUGCUAGGCGCAGAGAUAUGUUGGUGAUGUCCAGUGAUGGUCCUCUGGGUGCUUUUGUUAACCCAGAUGGCUUUGUGCAUGAGGUAAUGACUUUUUAUAAAGCAAAUGGCUUAGCGCUCAGAAGCCGACCGGCUAAAGAGUUCAGCUGGUUUCCUGGGUAUGCAUGGACGAUCAUAAACUGUGCGUCUUGUGAAACCCAUAUGGGGUGGCUUUUCACUGCAACAAAUGAGAAGUUGAAGCCUAAAUCCUUUUGGGGGAUAAGGAGUUGUCAAGUUACGGAUGAAAUGCGUUAGAAACCAUGUGUUAUCAUGUACCUCCUAAACUAUUCUCUAGUUAAUAUGCAACUAGACUAUCAGAGAUUAUAUUAUGUAUAUUAACUUGGGAGCACUAUCUUGUAUGAAAUGGAGCGUUAUAAAUGAAAGGCUUAGAUUUCAUGCUGCUUGUUCUAAGUAAGGCAUAGCACGUAUGAUUGCAAGAGCCUUAUUGGAGAAAA